GUCACCGUUGAAAUACACUACAUCUCCCAUGCUCCCCCUCUCCAAGAGGCAGGCUGUCAUGCGGAUGGAAACAGGAGUGGGCAUCCGCUGCGCUGCACGAAGAAGAAACUUCGAGGAAAGAAGAUGCACGAAGAGGAGGAUGGCUGCGACGCAAACUCCUGCACAGCUUCCCGGAUUGUGGCCUGCAGGUCUGUGGAUGUGGCCGAGGUCGAGGGAGCGAAGGAGCAGGCCUCCAAGCUGUGCGGCUACUUGAACAAACUGUCCGGUAAGGGGCCUCUUAGGGGUUACAAGCCGAGGUGGUUCGUGUACGAUCCGAGGAAAUGUUAUUUGUAUCACUUCAAGACUCCCCAAGAUGCCUUGCCGCUCGGGCACAUCGAGAUAGGCGAUGCGUGCUUCAGCUACGAUGUGGAGAGCGAAGAGGGUCAGUUUGAGAUCCGCACUGCGGGGAAGGAGUUCCUUAUGAAGGCCCCCAGCAGGCAGGUAAUGCAUUACUGGCUCCAGCAGUUACAGCAGAAACGUUGGGAGUACAGCAACACACGAGGCUCCGGUCAGAGAAACAGCUGGGGCUCACCGACCCCGGCCCACCCUUCCACCGGCCUCGUAGGCAAAGACAAUGAUGCGCCUGUCUUUGAGAAGCUAAGUGACAGCAUGGAGAAUGUCCGCAGCGACUUUGCAAUGGAGACAGAAACAGAUGGCGGGGGAAUGGUGGGGAUCCAGUCAGCCAGAGGGCCUUCUGCCGCGUCCACAAACUCCCUCAACUUCUCCCUCAAAAACUUUGGUACAGAACUCAGGAACUCCAUGUCAUAUCUGCGACCGGGCAGAGGAGGUGAGAGCAGACGCAGUGUGUUUUAUACCAACAGACAGAACAGUGCAGAGGACUGGGAGCUGGUGGAUGCUCCACCCAAGGACUUCCCUGAACAGAAACCUCAUCCAGACACACACAGACAUUCCUUUGGAUCAGCGUUUACUUUCGACUUUGUGCGUAACUCAUCGCGGCCUAGGAAGCCGCUUUUGGGCUCUGGGAGGGUCAGUCGCAACGCUGAGACGCGCACUGCUGAGAACUCCCCAGUGGAGUGUAAUGACCGCAAACCUUUGGAGAUGCAGCUUCGCCUUCAGAGCCAACAGGAAGAACUAAGUUGCAUGCAGCAGGAACAGGCCAAACUCCGAGAGGAGCUGGCCAGUCAGAAGGAGCUGGUGAGACUCCUACAGCAGACUCUGAGAACCUCCCAGUGCGAUAGGCAGCCAGUUCGCCGUCCAGCCCCUGCUCCAGAUUCAUCUGCAGCCUCAGACCAGACUCAAGAUUCGGCAGUAACCCAGGAAGAGAUCGCCCAGUCGGAGGCCCUGCUUCAGGAAAGAGAUGGACAGAUCCAGUCCCUGUGUGGCCACAUGGAGCGUCUCGCCUUGGAGAAGGAGAGUCUGCAACAAGAGCUGAAGGGCCUGAAGAUAAAAGUGGGAGAGAUAAACGACCAGCUGGGGAUGCUGAUGGAGACCAUUCAGGCCAAGGAUGAAGUCAUCAUCAAGCUGUCGCACCAGAGCUCCGAGCAGAGCGGCAAUCCAAACGACUGUUCACCACCUCCCUACAAAGAACAGCAGGAGGUGGACGUCCUCAGGGACAGUCUUCAAGGCUACAAAUCCCAGAACAAGUUCCUGAACAAAGAGAUCCUGGAGCUGACAGUAUUACGCAGAAACGCUGAGAGCAGAGAAAAGACUUUAGAAGCAAAGUGUACGGCCCUGGAGGCCAAGCUGUGUCAGGUGGAGAGUAAGUAUCUGGUGCUGCUUCAAGAAGUGAGGACCCCGGUGUGUUCGUCUUCAGAGCAGAGCCCAGCCCGAGAAGUCAUCUCCAGAUUAUUAGAAGAUGCGCUGCAGGCAGAGAGCUCCAACCAGCAAGAUCACCCCAUCUUUAAACCAAGUACUGUCAGUGAGUAUGACAUGUUUGGCUUCAAGACGGUCCCCGAGGAGGAGGAAGAGGAGGAGAAGCUGGUUGCGAGGGUGAGAGCUCUGGAGCUGAAGUCCCUGUCCAUGACAGAUCAGGAGGUGUCCGUCGGGGUGAAGUGGGAGAACUAUCUGGCCAGCACCAUGAACAGGAACCUAGUGCGCUCCCCUGAGCUCAAGGCCCUGUUUCGCUCUGGUGUGCCCCAUGAGCACCGGUCCCAGGUGUGGCGCUGGUGUGUCUCCUUCCAUGUCAAGAAGUUUCGGGACCACCUGGCGCCCGAUUACUAUGAAACCUUACUUAAUGUGGCCCAGGACAAGCCCAACCCGGCCUCGAAGCAGAUUGAGCUAGACUUGCUGCGUACUUUGCCCAACAACAAGCACUAUUCCUCCCCGAGUGCAGGCGGCAUCCAGAAACUCAGGAACAUCCUGAUGGCUUUCUCCUGGAGGAAUCCAGAUAUCGGCUACUGUCAGGGGCUAAACAGGCUGGCAGCUAUUGCCUUGCUCUAUCUGGACCAAGAGGACGCCUUCUGGUGCCUUAUAGCCAUUGUGGAGGUGUUCAUGCCAAGAGACUAUUACACCAAGACUCUGCUUGGCUCACAGGUUGACCAGCGGGUGUUCAAGGACCUGAUGAGUGAGAAGCUCCCCCGGCUUCAUGCCCACUUUGAGCAGUACAAGGUAGACUUCUCUCUCAUCACCUUCAACUGGUUCCUGGUGGUGUUUGUGGACAGUCUGGUGAGCGACAUCCUCUUCAAGAUCUGGGAUGCCUUUCUAUAUGAAGGUCCAAAGAUCAUAUUUCGCUUCGCCCUCGCUCUCUUCAAGUACAAAGAGGAAGAGUUUUUGAAGCUGCAGGAUUCCACAGCCAUCUUCAAAUAUCUUAGAUACUUUACACGAACAAUCCUGGAUUCAAGGAAGCUGAUGAACAUCGCUUUUGUGGACAUGAACCCGUUUCCCAUGCGGCUAAUCCAGAACCGUCGCUCCUUCCACCUAGAGAAAGUCCGUCUUGAGCUGACGGAGCUGGAGGCGAUCAGGCAGACUUUCCUCAGGGAGCGAGAGACGAGUCAAGACAGACGGAGCUUCGUCAGCGACGAUGAGGAGGAUAACUGACCUUGAGCUUGUUGAGAUUCCAGGCCUUGUUGCUGAAGUAUGAAGACAAAGAGAUGGUCUCCACAUACAAGUGAUGUGUCACAGUUACAAAUGGAUUUUUUUCCUAAAGGAUUGUUGGAGUUGGUCUCCGAAUCAGAGUGGGACCAAUCAACCUUCUAUACAUUUUGAGUGAAAUCAAAAGACCUAAACAUUUCAGGCCGAAUGAGCCUUCUAUCAGUAUUCCUGCCUUUUUUUUGUAAACGCUUUAUUUGUAUGCUUGUGUGUUUAUGUUACAGCCAAAACAAUAUGCUUUAUCAACGGUUCUUCAACCUUCAAUGCCAGGCUACACUCUUGCAGUCCGAAUCAUCAGUAUUUGUUUUAAAACAUGGCUGUGAUCUUUUAGUAGUUGGAGAUUUUAUGCCUGUUGAAGGAAUGAUUGUAUUUUUAUUUUUUACUCUUGUUUUUAUUUUUGCUUCCUCUGCCCCCAAUUCCUUUUCAUACAUGUCUUAAAAUUGUUUACCUAAAUCUUUUUUUGUAUACAUAUUUUCCACAUUGCCACUCAACAACACAUUUUGUGUUUGAUCCCUGUGUCUCUCAAUGCACUUGAAUCACUUAUGCUGCAAUUGCAAUUUUGCUGAAACUUAAAAUGUAAGUCUUGGAGCCUUCUGAUCACUUGGUCAGUCCAAAAUUGUACAUAUCAUUCCAGCCUCUAGGGGUGUUUGUGGUUCAAAGAAUUACACACAAAGAUAAUUUCAAGUCAUGUAUUAUCACUGACAUGAACAGCAUGUGGAACAUUUGGGGGAUCUGUUUUAUAUAAAUGUAUCUCAGGAUUCAGAUCAAAUAACUACAGACACACCAACUAAGCCAUCAUACUAAUGGUGUCAGCCAGUGUUGUGUCUUUUCCCAAAGACAUGUCUGAAAAAACAUUUUGCACCUUCAUUUGUGCUUAAACUAACAGCCACUGGAUUUGGUAAGGAGAAUAUUUGAAAUUGGCAUUGACUUCAAAACACCAUCAGUGGAUCCCUACAAAUUACCUGAUUAUCUGACUAUUUUAUUAUAACUAUUCUAAAAUCUAUGUAUUAAGAUGAAGCCUUGUUUUAGUAAUGUUCUUGAUUUUUCCAAACAUUAGUUAAGGCUGUUGAGUGUUUAAGGGAUUCGAUUUCCCCUGACUAAAACCUAUUUUGCAAGAGAUACAGCAUGUGCUUAGUGCUGGGGUUACUUUUCUGAUGUAUUUGCAUCCAUUGUCCACAGUGUGGCAGUAUGACAUUUCUCUACCCAGUGUUUACACUAGUUCACCGGUACCCUCCACACAGUAUGAUUUUAGAGUUUAUUAUACUGUAUUGAUAAAAUGGCUGUGAAGUCAGUCUGUUUAACAUGAUUGUGCAAAAAAUGGAAAUAUGAUUUAUAAUCUAUGAGGGAAAUGUUUUAGGAGACUUUUAGACCUGUGUAGCAACAUCUUUCCAUCUUGCACAUGCAGGUACUUACAGAUGACAGUUUACUCAUUAACACUGACCAUAUUCUCUAUUACACCUGUUUUUUCACAAUUUCUACUGUCUAACAGACCAGGAUGAAAAGGUUUGGUAUACCUGCUUAUAAAGAAACCAUGUUUAUAUUUUGUUUGAUUGGAAAUCUACAAUAGAGGAAGACGUUCUUUUUCUCAAUUAUCCCCUUCUCUUUUAUGCUGAUACAUUGUUUACAGUUUGUUAUAACUUUUAAUUUCCUUUAUUUUUUUUGUUGUUGGACCACCUGAAUUUAUCAACAGAUGGCAGAAUUGGGGUUGUUUUUAUGAUGGAAAUGUGAAUGAAAAAAAUUCCUGUAGAAGUAGAGAUUUAAUUUGUUUUUCUUCAUGAGAGCAGGUCUCUCUAGAGAUUCAACUUUGAUUGGUUUAAGAAGAAAAAAAAUUCUAGGUCCACUCAUUUUGUCAAAGGGCUCAUACAGUGGGUUUGCUCAUAUACGCAUCUGUUCUAGAAACUAACUAGUUUGAAUGCAUUUUUUGUUUCAUUUUCACAUGGAAUAAGCUACAUUUAAUGCCAUCACCUUUUCUUUUUUUUCUGUCUUUCUUUCCCAGCAAUGUAUUGCACAAGUGUAACGUCAAAAUGACAUCAAGCUAUUAUAGGGCACUUCAGUUUUUUUGUAUGUAAAUCUCUAUGGUAUCUUGGUUAUGGUUAAUCUGUAUCAUUCGAUGACGAAAAGUGCAAAGCUUUAUGUUAUAGAAUUACUUUUACGCCACUUUGUUUUUGUAAUAUCAGUUAAAAGACGAAUUCAAUAAACAAUGGCUGGUUGAGUGUGA